UGUAUUGAAUUGUGUUGUGUCUUUGUUUACGUUAUUAAGAUUAUGUCGAGUUCCAAGAGGAAUGGGAGUUGUCGAAAUGUUUGGAAAAAGAAAAAGUGUAUUUUAUUUUCUAUAUUGAUUUUCUUAAUAUUUGUGUUAUUCGUCAAAUACACGAUCGAAACGAACAUCAAGUCUUUCAACGCACAGUCUCCAGCGAAAUGUUUAUUUUGUCAGUUUGCUAGUGGAAACAGGACACCACCAGUCCUUGAAUUUGAAAACGAUGAAUAUGUGAUAUUUAAAGACAUUCGACCGGCAUCUACUUAUCAUUAUCUUGCGAUUCCCAAGAAACAUUACGAAAGUUUAAAAGUGCUUAACAAGUCCCACGUUGGCUUAGUGAGUCGCAUGUACAGUGGCAUGGUCGACUUUCUGGGGUCGAAAGGUAUUGAUACGUCAGAUGCAGUGAUCGGAUUCCAUAUUCCGCCCUUUAUAUCGCAACAUCAUCUGCAUCUACAUGGAAUAUCACCCAUAUCGGGGAUGGGCUUUUGGGAUCGAAUUAACUUUUUGACGAAUUCAUUCUGGUUUAAGUCGGGCAAAGACGCCAUCGAUUCAUUGGAACGCUCUGAACUUUGAAAAGAUUCCUGGCUUAGAAAUCAAAAAUAAGUUUCUCCUUUUCUCUGAUAUGUUUUGGAUAAAUUUCCCAAUUCUAUACGUUUACAAGAGUAAAUUGAAAAAAAAAAAGUUUAAAGUAAUGCAUCUUAAAGAUACUAAAUAAACAGUGUAAAUUCUUGCCCUACACAAUCUCA